CGAUGGAAAUGAACGAAGACAAACAACAUCAGUUUCAAAAACCUCAGCAUUUCAAAAAUGAAGAUGGAAACACAGUCAUUCAACAGACCGAAAAGUGUUUCCCACAAAAACGAGCUCGAAAAACUGGAAAAGGAUCUUUCACCUGCUCUGAGUGUGGAAAGACUUGCACACAAAAAUCAGGCCUUGAGAAACACAUGAGAAUUCACACUGGAGAUAAACCGUUCACAUGCUCUCAGUGUGGAAAGAGUUUCACUCAGAGCAGUAAUCUCAGAGAUCAUCUGCGCCGUCACUCUGGAGUGAGAUCAUUCAGCUGUGAUCAGUGUGAUAAAACAUUUGUUGUGGAAUCAAACUUAAGAAGACACCUUAUAGUUCAUGCUGGUGUGAAGCCUCACUUUUGUUCUUUUUGUGGAAAAAGUUUUUCACAACUACAGGCUUUAAAAGAGCAUGAGCGUAUUCAUACUGGUGUGAGACCUUAUGUGUGCUCUGACUGUGGGAAGAGCUUCAAUACAUCCACCCACUUAAAAAACCACCUUAUAGUUCAUACUGGUGUGAAGCCUCACUUUUGUUCUUUUUGUGGAAAAACUUUUUCACUACUACAGCCUUUAAAAGCGCAUGAGCGUAUUCAUACUGGUGUGAGACCUUAUGUGUGCUCUGACUGUGGGAAGAGCUUCACUACAUCCAGCCACUUAAAAAACCACCAGAGAGUUCAUACUGGACAGAAACCGUACAAGUGUUCACACUGUGGAAAGAGUUUUGCUCAAUCAUCUAAUCUACGGAAUCAUGAGAAAAAGCAUUGCCCAAGACGUCUAAGUGAGCAAAGUUCACAUUUACGUUCAUGA